UAUAUAUGUAUGUAUGCAUGCAUGUAGGUACUGUAGGUGUUGUAUGUAUACAUUAUAUGGGUAGGUUGGUGGAUGGAAAGAUGGAUGAAUGUGAUAAACUAUUGACCAAAUUGGAUCCUUUGGUAAUGAGGACAGCUGAACACACUAUCCCUUGAGAACAAGACUCUACUAAAUGUUGCCACAAUGAGAGAGAACAAUGUGUUCUCUAUUGAAAUAAAUACAACAAAUUAUACCAUAUUUGUAAUUUUAGGUGUUCUAGCAAAACCACAAUGGUGAGUUAUUAUAAAUAUUUCACAGGGGAAAUAACAAAACCAUUUGCUGGUCGAUCAUUAACCGAGAAGCCAAACAUGAAGAGAUGCUAUGCCUUUCCAACAGGCAACACUUUGGGUUGUCAUAACGACUUAAUGCAAAAGCUAACUGAAGAAGGUGUAACUCUAGGGAGCUCACCACAGGACUGUGAUGUCAUCAUAGCUUUCUGUCCCAUUAUCAGUGGUGUUGGGACCAACAUUCAAGAGGCCUUAAGUAGGAUCCCUGAAGGUAAACCUGUCAUCCUGGUGGUGCUGCACCACACCUUCAACACAGACUACACUAUACCUGACACCCGCAGACAUGUGACCAGAAGUGAUGUCACCCUAACAGUGGACUUUCUGUUCCACGACAGUCAGGGAGGACUACUGAAAUGUCCUCAAAAUGACACAGCUGUCAAAACAUUGAUCAAGAGGCUGGCAUCAUCAUGUCCAGCCUCAACAUCAGCCUCGACCUCAGAUCCAGCCCCGGCCUCGACCUCAACCUCAGCCUCGACCUCAGCUCCAGCCCUGGCCUCAGCCCCGGCCUCGACCUCAGCCUCGACCUCAGCUCCAGCCCCGGCCUCGACCUCAGCCCUGGCCUUGGCCCCGGCCUCGACCUCAGCCCCGGCCUCGACCUCAGCUCCAGCCCCGACCUCGACCUCAGAUCCAGCCCCGUAUCCGACAUCAUCUCCAGCCCCAGCCCCACCCUUGACCUCAUCUCCAGGCCCAGCCUCGAUCUCAGGUUCCAGGAAAAGACCAUUUUCAGGGAAGCCAAACAAGAAGUUAUAUGCUUUAGUAACAGGCAACACUUUGGGUUGCCAUAAGGACUUGAUGCAAAAAGUAACUGAAGAAGGUUUAACUGAAGUGACGUCCCAAAAGGAGUGUGAUGUCGUCAUAGCUUUCUGUCCCAUUGUCAGUCGAGUUGGGACCGACAUUCAAGAGGCCUUAUGCAAGAUCCCUAAAGGUAAACCUGUCAUCCUGGUGGUGCUGCACCACACCUUCGACACAGGCUACACUAUACCUGACACCCGCAGACAUGUGACCAGAAAGGAUGUCAUCCUCACAGUGGACUGUCUGUUCCACGACAAUAAGGGAGGACUACUUCAAUGUUCUCACAACAAUGCAGUGGUUGAAAAAAUGAUCAAGAAGCUGACACCAUGGUAUUCAGGGGAAAUAAAAAAACCAUUUGCUGAUUGGUCAUUAACCGGGAAGCCAAACAAGAAGUUCUAUGCUUUAGUAACAGACAACACUUUGGGUUGCCAUGAGGACUUGAUGCAAAAACUAACUGAAGAAGGUUUAACUGAAGUGACGUCCCAAGAGGAGUGUGAUGUCAUCAUAGCUUUCUGUCCCAUUGUCAGUCGAGUUGGGACCGACAUUCAAGAGGCCUUAUGCAAGAUCCCUAAAGGUAAACCUGCCAUCCUGGUGGUGCUGCACCACACCUUCGACCCAGACUACACUAUACCUGACACCAGCAGACAUGUGACCAGAAGUGAUGUCAUCCUCACAGUGCACUUUCUGUUCCACAACAGUCAGGGAGGACUACUGCAAUGUCCUCACAACAAAGCAGCUGUCAAAACAUUGAUCAAAAAGCUGGCAUCAUGUUCAGCCCAGGCCUUGACCCCACCCCCGGCCUCGAUCCCACCUCCAGCCCCGGCCUCGACCCCACCUCCAGCCCAGGCCUUGACCCCACCCCCGGCCUCGACCCCACCUCCAGCCCAGGCCUUGACCCCACCCCCGGCCUCGACCCCACCUCCAGCCCAGGCCUUGACCCCACCCCCGGCCUCGACCCCACCUCCAGCCCCGGCCUCGACCCCACCUCCAGCCCCGGCCUCGACCCCACCUUCCGACCCGGCCUCGACCCCACUUCCAGACCCGGCCUUGACCUCGACCUCACCUCGCCCAGGCCCACCAUCGACCUGACCUCUAUCCCCAGCCUCAAUCUCACCUCCAGCCUUGACCCUCGGCCAGCUUUGAGGCGUGACUUCCUCAGAGCCGUUCCUUCCUCCUUGGCUUAUUUUGUGUCAAUUUCAAGACAAUUCUGACAAGAAUUAGGUGUUCUGUUUCUCCUAUUUUAAUUUAUUGUAUGUUAUGUAGUGCAGAUUUAAACAUGAUUUUCCUUCUUAGCUUUAUAAAAUAUAUAAUUUUCAUUGCACAGUAUUGUCAAUUUGUUCAUGGUUUUAUUCUACAUUGAAUGAUGUUUGAAAAGGUUUAGGACGAUAAGUCAUAGGCUUAAAUUUAGGGUGGGACGGUAGGGACAUGUCACAAACCAAUGUUUAGGAAACAUGUAGCCUAAUUGUCCCCACCAAUAAUUGCGAGUGUAAAUUUGUUUUCAUUCUUAACAUUUUCUGCUCCACUUUCUGUUAACUCAGCGCAGAGCCAUAGAAAAUGUUAAAUGGCUCUGGGUCAGCGUUACUCCUUAUUGGCAGGAGAGCGCUGAUCACAAUGUGUAUCAGCCUGUCAGCUAACACUAGUGGUCAGUGAGUGUCGAAACGGGAUUGAGAAGAGAUUUAAUGAUUGGCUUUUUGGCAGGCUACUCCUGUAAGGUAUUCGUUAACAUUGAGUGAAUAAUAAACGAUAAAUCAAAUUAUAUUACACUCCUGUAUAUUAUUGUUGAAAAUGUAUAUUUCUAACAUUUACGAGGCUUUGCUAGCUCUGGAACACAACUACGGAAUUGAAUGACAACUUAGUAGGGGAGACUGGGGACAGGCGCAACAAGGGACAGUUGCAACAAGUCUUAUUCCUCCAAUCAGAUGACACUCAUACUGCACAUGCAGUUAGAC